GUCAUGUCAUUACUGUAUUAUUAGUAACCUACAUUCAAACUAGUUUCUAUAAAAAAAAAAAAAAAACAAUGAUUAAAUUAUCAAAAAUAUUGAAUUUAGAAGAUUUCACGUUAAUAGUGCCGUCAGUGGCAGUUGGUAAUGUCGCUCAAUUAACUGUCGAUCUAUUAGUUGCGAGUCUUAACCUUCAAAGAAUUGGGCAAAUCAUAACUUCUGCUUUUAUACCCAUAGUUGGGUUGGAUCCUUAUAUUGAAACAUCUGAAUACUUAAGCACUGCAGUUGAUAUAUAUGCAGGAGUUGAAAAUAAAAUACUUGUUAUACAAAUUCGUUCACCAUUUAUUAAAUCAUUAAAUAGUUUUUAUCAUAAUUUAUCUCAAUUUAUUACAACGAAUAAAAUAUCUAAGGUAGUAAUCCUGACAAGUAGUUAUGCUUAUGAGAAAACAGAUACUGAAUUAAAUGUUACAGAAUUGAGAUACAUUGCAUCUGCCAAUAUAUUAUCUGAUAAUAAACAAGUUUUCGAUAAUCUAAAAUGGCUUCAAUAUGAAUCAAAACAUAUAUCUUACUCAAACAACAAACAAAUAACACAAAUUCCAGGAGGAGGCUUUGCAAUCAAUUUAUUUGAUUUCCUUACAAAUAAUAAUAUACCAUGUAUAAUUUUAUUUAAAUUUUGUUCUGAAGGGGAUAAUAUUCCUGAUGCAUUAAAUUUAAUAAAUUACUUAAAUCAAUGGAUGAAUUUAAUACAAAUUAAUUCUAUUGGAUCUUUAGCUAUCAAGUAUCCACCAUCAUGGAAAUAUUUAUUUGGAAAUGUACCAUCAUCUGAGAUAUAUUAAAUAAAAUAAAUAUAUAUUAUGAAAUUAUU